AUGCCUUCUACAAUCUCAUCUUCGGAUAAGUCCAAGGUGAAAUCCAGUCUACCUUCAUCUUCGAAUAAAAUCUUAACGGCAACCGUUGCAAGAGUUUUUGUUGCUUAUCCAAAUCAAUCAAUAUGGAGUUAUACAGGUAUCGAAGGAGCAUUAGCAUUCGUUCGUGAUUCUGAUCGGAAUACCUUUGCACUGAAGCUGGUAGACUUGAAAGCAGCGAAAGGUGGUGUAAUUUGGGAACAUGAAUUAUAUGAACCUCUAUCCUAUAAUCAAGAUCGAACGCAUUUUCAUACCUUAGAAGGUGAUGAACAUAUGAUCGGCUUUGCAUUCGCAGACGAUGGAGAAGCAGGUGAACUGUACAAAAAGAUCUCAAAUCGUCAAAAGUUCGCUAAAAGUAGUAGUUCUUCUGCUGCUAAGAAGAAGAAUCGUGGUAGUAAACUAUUAGGAGGCGGUGGAUCAUCAAAAUCAAAUGGAGGAAAGAUUGAUAAAUCAAUGAUAGGUGCACCCUCUGAUUUCAAGCAUGUUGCACAUAUGGGUUAUACAGCCGAAAAGGGAUUCUCUGCCGAGAAUGUUGACCCAAGUUGGAGUGCUUUGUUGGAUCAACUAUCCAAUAUGGGUAUCAGUAGAGCGGACAUCCAAAAGAAUGAAGGUUUCAUCAAAGACUUUGUCGGAAAGAGAGGAGGCGUACCACCAAAGCCUGCUGCUAGACAACCGGCAGGAGCAUCUAAAAUCAAAAAGGUACCACCACCAGCGCCAAGCAGA